CCGUCAGAGGGCAAAAAUCAAAAAAACCGAUCAGAAAAUAUUUAAAUUAAAUUUACACAGUUUGUCUUUAAAAUGUCCAAUCUUCCAAUUUGCAAACCGGUUUUCGCUGGAAUCCUAACGGUACAUUCUAAAAAUAGAAUCAAAAGCAUGAACACGUGUUCAUUUCAACAGCGCAUCGGAGCUGUGGUGAAAUAUUUCGAAGCAAAAGCGCACUUCAAAUCGGGCUGGUAACUGUUCAAGUUUAUAGAUUUAUAUUAUUUGAAAUGGAUUUUGAAGCUCAAGUAAACACCGUAUAAUCAUGUCAUGGGAGAGCAUAUCUUCAAAGGAUCUUCUCAGUAUACCACACAGCCAUAAUUUAUCAGCAACACAUUUGCUUGCAUCGCCGGAUGGUUCACGCUACUUAUUGGAAAACUCUAAUGAUCUGAGUCAAUUAGAUGAAAGCUAUUCACGACUAGCUGGUUGUGGGUCCAGCCCCGAUGUCACAUCGCUUUGGGCGCGGCAUGGAAUAUCUGCCUCUCAUAAUUCAAUUAUAAAUUGUUUUUUAGUUUGUCAACGUAGUUUAAAACAGUAUAUGGCACGACGAAAAAUUGAACGAGGUUUGCGCCUUUAUGAACAACAUAAUCAAAAUGCUGCGGUACGCAUUUGGCGAAGCGCUUUAAAAACGACUGAUCGCCGUGAAGAUUGUUUUCAAUUACUUGGUUAUCUUUAUCAGGCCCAUAUGGAUUGGGGUAAAUAUCGUGAAGCGAUAGAAUUUGGACAUCGGCAAUUAGGAAUAUCUGAAGAGUUAGAUUCACCUACAAUGCGUGCGGAAACUUAUCUAAACUUGGCGAGAGCACACGAGCGCCUCGGAGGUCUGGAACGUGCUCUCAGCUAUGCACGCCAUUCACUGUAUAACGAAUGUGGGACCCAAUGUCGAACUGGAGGGCUUGUGCAUUUGACAGUGGCACGCGUUUAUUUGGAGAUGGGAGGAUUUUCGCGUGCACUUGAAGGGUUACAAGGGGCUCAUAAGAUAGCCACUUCUAUAAGUGAUCCAUCGCUUGAGUUGCAGGUAUAUGUGACGCUGUCUGAGCUGUUCGGUCGUCUGCAGGAUAAUGAUAAGAGCGCAACCUAUGCAUCUAAAGCUUAUGAUUUAUCGCGUUCAUUACAGCUAGGCGAUCUCAAUUCGUCACAUCAUCGCGCUGCAUUGUUGCGGAUGGCGGCUGCUCUCCGUAAACAAGGCGAUCUGGGUGACGCGUAUGACUAUUGUAUGGAAGCCACUCGCCUUGCGUUGAUUUCUGGGGAUCAAGCAACGUAUACGCGAAGCUUACGAAUAAUGGGUGAUAUAUAUCGCAAGAAAGUGGACAUGGAUUUGACCUUCAAGCGCGCUUUUCGGCAAUACGAACAAGCUAUGGGAACUUCAGCUGCACUAGGCGAUCGCAUGGCACAAAUGGAAGCAAUGGAUGGGGCAGCGCGCUGUUUAGAAUCAUUGCGGAUACAGCAAAAAAUUUGUAAUUGCCGGCCACUAGAAUUUAAUACGCGUUUGCUAGAGGUCGCAAGCUCCAUUGGCUCCAAGCUUUUGGUGCGUAGAAUACGGAGUCGUCUUGCACUUAUCUAUCGUGCUUUAGGCGAUGAAGAACAGUACAUACAUAUGGGCAUUUUCACGGUAACGGACGCGACAUUCGUACGCUUUUAAGUGCGUCCAAAACAAAGAAGACAAAGGAAAAGUUUAUAUAUAUUGACAUUGUUUUGAAGGGCUGACGCAGUACUAGAUUUUAAUAUAUACGGGAAGGUUCUACUACAAAUAAGUACGUAGUUAUAAGCAAUUAUAAAGUGAUACGGACGCGACAAAAAAUAGAAGUUUUUUUGAGGCGCAUUCAGAAAUAUACAAAAAUCAGCAAAUUAAGGAUUUAUAUAUAUAUAAAAAUAUAUAUAUUAAUAAAUGCGAACAGAUGACUGUUAUUCGUAGGUUUAUGAAAUAUGUUAAUUUUCCCUUAGUUUUUUUUAAUUGAGUAUAGAAGAAAUACGGACGCGACAUAACGGACGCGACAAAAUCUUCCAAGAACAAAGAAAUACAAUUUUUUCAUUAUAACACUUCAAUUUUAUUGAAAAUUAAGCAAACCAAUAACGUAAAUUAAAAAUUCAAGUAACAUUUUAGUAAAAAUGACUUAAAAAAUUAAGAAGAAAGUUAUUAGUUUUUAGUAUGGUCUAUUUUAAUUAUUUUCUUUAAUGAAUAGGCGGUCCGAGCAACUUCAAUAAAUUUACUGUCGAAAUAUGAAAACCAAUGCAAACUCUUAACUCCUUUGAUAUUUGGAAUAUUUUGCCAUAACUCUCACAGUUGAUUACAAAUACUAUCAAUUUGUGUUCCAGAGAUAUACAAAAUGUUAACUCCAUGAAUGUUGUUCUUAGCACAUUCAUAGAAGCAUGAAGCAUCACCGAGAACAAUAUUUUUUGCUUUAACGAUUUGCCAGACUUUUCGUUUAACUACGGCACCUAUUCCGUCUACAGCACCUUUGCCAUGUGAAGUGGCAAAAAAAUUCCACUCUAAGAUUCCGCAAUUAAAUUCAGCUGCAAGUCUUGGAAUACUAGAAAGAAUAAAUUUAUUUUUGAAUUGGGAAGUGCUUCCAUCAGAGAAAAUAUAAAUGCUGGUAACUCCUUUGUACUGGUUUUGUAAUAUAUUGAUAAUUUUGGAAAUAAAGCAAUAAACGUCGAAUUUACUGUGGGUCAAUCUAUCACUGAUAACAGCAAAAGACUUGGUUUCACCAAGAACCCAAGCUACGCACGUAAACACUGUUACUUGGCUAUAACUAAAGUGGGCAUCUUGAACUUCGUUUUGGAAUGUCAAGCGAUAAUUUUCAGCAAAAUCAACUUG